UGAAGUAGACUCUGGUGUGAAGCCAAGAUCCAGGAGCAGCAGCAGCAGCUCUCAGCCAACACUGUCUGGACUUCUCACUCCUGUUAGGAGCAGCUCUCAUGCACGCUCCUUUAUCGCGAAGCUGGUUGUUUAAUGCGGGUCUCUCUCUGUCGUUGCUUCAGUUUGAUUUAUACUCGCUCUGACAGGCGGAUCACACUGUCCCUGUUUGGAUUUUACGCACACAACGGUGCAGAAAAGCAGCAGGAAAAUACUCUUGGUGGCAUUUUUUCUCGUCGAAGUCAGCAGGUGUGAAACUUUCAACUCGGUAAUUAUUUCUAAUUUUUGAGGCAAUCAUUACACCUGUCGACGCUGUGGACGUGUUGCGCCAACAUGUUUCCGCAGUUCCCUUGGCGGCGCGCCUGUGCCUCCGUCUCCAAGCCAGGACUGUGGACUUUUUGCCUGCCGCGUACUCCAAACAUUUCGGAAAAGUGACCUGUUGACUGCAAAAGCUGCGUUGCCAACGGCGGCCAACUGAUCAUUUUGCUUUUAAUCAUCUAAGAAAGGCUGUGCCUGUGAUAAAAUAAACUUUUUUAGUGGAUAUACGCGUUUUGGCACAACACCGUACAGAGAAGUGAGCAGUGAUAGGGAAAGCCAUCCAAUUGAGAUGCCGCGUCGGAUCCGCGUCCUGCUGCCGCACCUGGCCGUGCUGCUGAUGCUGCUGGUAGGCCAGGCGGCCGGAGCGGUUCGAAUACGAAAGAAGGCCACCAGGACCCGGUCCUGCCUGGACCUGCCGGAGGAGAUCCUGGAGCAGAUGUUCGGGCGUCUCUCGGUGGGAGUGAUGAGCGCCUUCCACCAUGCCCUGCAGCUGGAACCGCAGGACAAACUCAACCUGACGUGCCCGACAGCCGCGCGGUCCGACAGCAAGACCCGCCUCCCGGUCAACCUGCUCAGCAUCUCCCCCUGGGCCUACAGGAUCUCGUACGACCCGUCCAGAUACCCACGCUACAUCCCUGAGGCGUACUGCCUGUGUAAAGGCUGUCUGAUCGGGCCGUACGGUGCAGAGAGCGACCUCUACCGCAGCACUCCGGUCUACGCCCCCUCCGUUAUCCUGAAGAGAGCAGGCUCCUGCAUUGGCGGCCGCCACUCGUACAACGAGGUCUACGUCUCAAUCGCUGUGGGAUGCACCUGUGUGCCGCUGCUGGAGAAGGAAAGGGACGUCCAGAACAGCAACCAGAGCGUGGAGAGAGCGGAGCCCAAAGCCCGACAGCUCGUCUCUGCAGGGAAGAGAGUCUAAAGGACUGUGGCGCUUCAGAUCAGUUUCUCUCUAGACACUUUACACAAAAUUUGAGGGAUCAUAUCUGCAAAAUUUGGAAGAUAAACAUUUCAGUACAAAGCUCCUGAAAAUCUGUGAUCAUAUUUGCGAACAAUUUUUCACCAGGAUGCACAUUUUUAUUUUAUUUUAUUUUAUUUUUUACAUUUUUUUCUUAAAUAAGGCUUUUUAUUUGGCCCACUUUCAUUUUUGGCUUUAAUUUGACGCCCUUUGGACCCAAAUCUGAUGACGUCUUUACUACAGUUGUGCAAGGAUACAAUUUUUUUCAUCAGGAAGCACAUGAAGAAUGAACUUGGGUUUUUGGGGGGUAAAUUUUGCUCUUAAAUAAUACUUUUUAUUUAGCCAGUUUUAAUUCCUGGCUUUAAUUUGCCUGUUUUGCUUAUUGCAUGAGCAGGACUGGAGGUAUUAAGCCUAAAAAUCAAGAGUCAACUCUAAAGUUUGCUUUGGCAUUUGAAGAGUUGGUUCAGCCAAAAUACAGAAGACACAUUUCACGUAUAUCUUGUAUGUAGUCAUGCAGAAAGUUUGUUUUUAUUUGCUUGUAUUUUGAGAAAUCAAGGGCAGAAAUCAGAGCUGGAUACCUCAAAACCUGCACAAAUAAAACCAAACUAUCUGCAUGUGUAGAUAUCACAGGGUCCAUACAACUUUGAGUAUAUUCAAACCCAUUCAAGGAACAAAACCCCAACAUUUCCAGGCUCUUAAAGGAUUUUAUUAUUAUAUUUAAAUGAUUACUAUAAAUGUAGUUGGAGAAAAAAAGUUCACAGAAUAACCCCAGCAAUGGUUGUAAGUUGUCCCUUUGUUCAUUAUUACCAACUCUUCAUAUUAACUUUGUAUGUUUUUGAUCUAGAUUAAGGAAUGGUUGCUAAUUUUGAGAGUAUUCAACAAAGCAAUAAUUAGCUAUGAAUUAAUGCAAGAAAAUGACUAUCUGUUCAAACAACAACACAGAUCAAAUAAACUAAAUUAUGUUGAAAUUAAGCAUUUUACAAAAGAUUUUGUAUAAACCCUGUACCACUAGAAAUAAACAAGAAUGUGUUUAUUUGUCUGGACCAAAGCAUUGAAAAUCUGAAGCAAUCAUGUAAUGACCAAAAUAAUAAAGUGCCUUUUUAUUAAUCAAUAACCUGAUCAAUGCUGCCACCUACUGGUAUUAAAACAACUACAGUUCUGCUUUUUUUCUGAUUCUCUGACCACCAGGACAAACGAGACUACAAUCGUGUUAUUUUGACAGAAUUUAAUAAUAACUUGUAAUCAAAACAACAAAUAUUGCACAUGACUGCAUUUGUAGGGGCGUCCCGGUGGCUCACACUGGUAGAUCGCUUGCCAUGUAGGCUGAGGCCUUGCUGCGGCGGAGCCGGGUUCGAAUCCGGCCUGAGCUCCCUUUGCUCCCUUUUAACAGGGUAAGAAAAUAAACAUGUCUACUACAAAGACUAUUAUCUUUCCUUUUUUCUUGAUUUCUUUCUGCUGUUCACUUUGGGUG